AUGAGGAGCGGUGCCUUUGCCCUGGUCCUUACCCUGGCCCUGGCAUCGUGUGUCACCCCCGUGGAGAGGAAGUGCCAUCUCAGCGGGCUGUGGAGGAAUGAGCAGGACUCGCUGAUGGAGAUUUCGGCAGUGAGGGAUGACGGGGACUUCCAGGGGAAAUACCUCACACGGGUCACCCUUGCCAGCGUCUGUGCCCGUGUCUCCCCCCUGAAGGGCGCCCAGCAACAGCCUGGUGAGGGGGGCUGGCCCACCUUCGCCUUCACUGUGCGCUGGGACAAGUUCUCCAAUGCCACCACCGCCUUCGCGGGGCAGUGCUUCGUGGACACCGGUGGAAAGGAGACGCUGACCACCAUGUGGCUGCUGCGUGAAGCCGUCGGGUCCCUCGAGGAGGACUGGAAAGCCACGAGGGUGGGCAGAAAUGUCUUCACACGCAAACGCACCCCGAAAGGAAAGAUCCUGCCAAUCUGGUCCCCAUCCUGUGAGGAUGCAUCUUCACCCACCCCAUGA